CAAACAAACAAACAAACAAACAAUAGACAAAUACAUAAAGAUAAAUUUCACCCCCCCCUUUUAUUUAUAAGUUAAAAAGGAUAUCAAUAUUUACCUUUCCUUCCACCCCACUCUCUCUCUCUCUCCUAUUGACUGAAUGAUUAACUCACCGAAACUUCAAACAAACAAUAUCCAAGUGACUGAAACUUUGUUUCUAACUUAUAUUGAUAAUUGAAUGAAAGUAUAAAUUAAGUGUUUAUACACUGAUUAUUAUUAGAGAACUAAAAACAAAAAAAAUUUUUGAUUAUCCAAAAUAUUAACCCCUGAAAUUAUUGAUUAUUUGUUGCUAUGAAAGAGAAUAAAUAUUCUAUCAAUAAAUUAUCAUCUUGUAAAAUAUCGAAUGAUUCAAGAUCAAAUUAUCGUUUACUUAAUAUUCAAUGUGUUGUUUGUGGUGAUCGUUCUACCGGAAAACAUUAUGGAGUCUAUAGCUGUGAUGGAUGUUCCGGAUUUUUUAAAAGAAGUAUUCACAAGAAUCGUUCAUAUACAUGUAAAGCAAGUGGUAAUUUAAAAGGUAAAUGUACCAUUGAUCGUCAUCAUCGUAAUCACUGUCGUGCAUGUCGAUUAAAUAAAUGUUUUCUGGCACAGAUGAAUGAAGAAAGUGUUCAACAUGAACGUGGACCAAGAAAACCCAGUAAUAAUAAUAAUAAUAAAAACUUUAUAUCAACAAUGAAUUCCACUAUAGUUACCAUGGAUACUACAUCAAAUAAUGAUUAUCCAUUAAAUCUUUCUAUUCAUCAUAAUGAUUUAAUAACAAAUACUACUACUAAUAAUCAUAUAAGUAGAAUUAAUCAAAAUUCAAAAAAAUAUAAAAAUUUCAAUGAUCAAAUUAAAAAUCAAUCAAUUGAUUACUCAUUUUGUUUAAAUGAUUCAAUUCAAUAUUUUAUUGAACAACAAUUUAAAUUUAAAAAUAUGGCGCCAAAUUUUUUAAAUGAAAAAUUUAAUUUAAAAUUAUAUAAUAAUUAUGAUUAUCCAAUGAAUAUUGAUCAACAGGAUAUAUAUAGAAAAGAUAUGAUAUAUCUAUUAAAUUAUUGGUUAGUAACAAAAGAUUAUUACACAAAUUUAUUGAAUAAUUUCCAAGAAGACUACUUAUUUAAAGAAAAUAAAUCAAUGAAAUAUACUACUCAAAUAAAAUGGAAUUAUUUUGUUAAAUUAAAUGAAUGGAAUAAAAUAGAAAUUGGUAUCAAAAUUAUGAUGAAUAUGAUUGAAUGGAUAUUAAAUCAUUUUAUAAUUGAUAAUAUGAAUUUAAAAGAUAAUACAAAUAAGAUUGAUUUGACUAAUACGAAUUGGAUAUUCUUAUUCUAUAUUCAUGUAAUGGAAUAUAUAAACCAAAACUUUGAUGACAAACAGACAAUCGAGUGUCCCAUUCGUAAUGAAAAUCAAAAACCAAAUAAUCUAAAUGAAAGUAAUGAUGUAUUCGUAAAUCCUAUAUUAAGUCCUAUGCUUAAUAAUCAUGAUUCAUUGGAUAUGGGUAUUUCAUUGAUUCAAUAUUUAAUUGACUUUAAUUUAAAUAAAGAAGAAAUGGAAUAUAUAAAGUUUAAAAUAUUUAUUGCAAAUAAUUUAAAUUCUAUUCAACCUACAAUUAAUCAAUCUACAAUCUUCUCUAUUCAUUUACGUUAUGAUUUAAUCCAUAAAUUCUAUGAUCAAUUCAUUCAUUUAAACAAAAAUUGGUUAAAACAAUUAUGUAUUAAAAUAUUUUUUAAAUCAAUCAUAUUACAUAACAAUCAUAAUAAUGAAUUCAUUUUAGAUUAUAUAUUACAAAAUUUAUUUAAUGCCAUUGCUUAUACAAAAUAAAUAAAAAAAAAUAGUUCUCCUUUUUAAUAAAUAACCUCAUUACAGAAUGAAGGGGGGUGGAUGGUGGUGGUGGUGGUCGUCGUCGAGAUUGUAGGAAGUUUCGACUAGUUGAAAGUAUGAGUUGAUCAAAGUUAGAUAAUCAUUGAGAAACUGAAAGCAUUAGAUGACCGUUUCGUCUUUGUAAAAGAUUCCUUAGUAGUGUACAUUCACAAUACGAUUAAAAGAGCUUUGAUUAAGGGGUAAAGAGAGAGUAACCCAAUACAGGUGGUCAGAAGAUUUCUAAUGACUUUCAAAGUCAUGCCUAACCCGGUGGUGCUAGAAGGAAAGUCACCAGCAGAAUCGAUGUUUUGGAGGAAAAUCCACCCAAUAAAACCUGUACUCGAGUAUCGGGCAAGCACUCACAGCUUGAAUGUAGGUAAGAAAAUGCUUAUAAAGUGGUAUCAAGGUGGUUGAAAAUGGGAACCAGGGGUCAUAAAACGGUGUAUUGGGAAGGUAUUUUAUUUAGUCCGGAGAAGUAACGGAACGUGUAUCAGACAUAUUAAUCAGAUUAGAAAGGAUCUUAGGACAGUGACAGUAGAUACACGACUACCGUUCCACUGUGUAUAAGCCCAACGGUGUUAAUGUCUAGUUUAAACUAAUUCACGAUAUUGUGCGACUAUCCACCAUUGCCUUUAAUAAGUAAUUUUCUGUACAACAGACUUGCUUGAACUCCACUGAACACGGUUUCUCACUAGAACUCCAAGAAACACUUCAUGAAACCAGUCACUAGUGAGUCCUGUACUAGGACGAAGCGGCCGUCCAGUGAUUCCAGGUUUUCAGUGGUGGUCUAGGUUCAAUCGACUUAUGAAUUCAACUAUUAAAAAUACUGAAUAAUAAUUAAAUUAGGCGCUGAUUACCAUUCUAAUAGAUAUUCGUUGUGGUAAGUGAUUCAAGGAUUCUACUUGACCUGAUCUACCCAUUAAAUUGUCAUUGCACUAAAUGUUACGAGAGAGUCAAUAUGUAAUUCAGUGAUUUAGUUAUAUUGACGUUGUCAAUUUUAUAUAUUUAUUACGAUAUUGAUUACUUAUUUACUUACAACUGUUACCCCUCGUGGAGGAGCA